UGCAGAGGGAGGGUCCCUGACUGAGCAGCCGUGUCUCCCAGCCGUCGUCCAGUGGAUGUUCUGGUUCAGGUGCUGCUUCGGGGGAACCAGGGACCAGCAUGUUCACCAUCCAGAUGUGGCCACUUCUCUUGGUUCUCUGUGCUGGGAGCACGGAGGCCUGGUUCUGGAAACCAGGUCAACAACCCAGUGCAAAAGGUCCAGGAACUAAAGUAGCUCCAGGAAUCACAGGAGCUCCAGGAACCACAGGACCUCCAGGAACUGCAGAAGCUCCAGGAACUGCAGACGCUCCAGGAACUACAGGAGCUCUGGGAACUGCAGACGCUCCAGGAACUACAGGAGCUCCAGGAACUACAGGAGCUCUGGGAACUGCAGAAGCUCCAGGAACUACAGGAGCUCUGGGAACUGCAGAAGCUCCAGGAACUACAGGAGCUCCAGGAACUACAGGAGCUCCAGGAACUGCAGAAGCUCCAGGAACUACAGGAGCUCCAGGAACUGCAGAAGCUCCAGGAACUACAGGAGCUCUGGGAACUGCAGAAGCUCCAGGAACUACAGGAACUCCAGGAACUGCAGGAGCUCUGGGAACUACAGGAACUGCAGAAGCUCCAGGAACUGCAGAAGCACCAGGAACUACAGAAAGUCCAGGAACUGCAGAAGCUCCAGGAACUACAGGAGUUCUGGGAACUGCAGAAGUUUCAGGAGCUCCAGGAACUACGGGAGCUCCAGGAACUGCGGGAGCAACUGCAGGAACUGCAGAAGCUCCAGAAACUACGGGAGCUCCAGGAACUGCGGGAGCAACUGCAGGAACUGCAGAAGCUCCAGGAACUGCAGAAGCUCCAGGAACUACAGAAGUUCCAGGAACUACAGGAGCUUCAGAAACUACAGAAGUUCCAGAAAAUACAGGAACUACAGAAGCUCCAAAAACUACAGGAGCUUCAGAAAAUACAGGAACUACAGAAGCUCCAGGAACUGCAGGAGCUCCAGAAACUACAGGAACUACAAAAACCCCAGGAGCUAAAGAAGAUACAGGAACUACAGAAGCUCCAGGAACUGCAGAAACUACAGACACUAAAGAUGCUCCAGGAACUACAGAAGCUCCAGGAACUACAGAAACUACAGAAACUAAAGACGCUCCAGGAACUACACAAGCCCCAGGAACUACACAAGCCCCAGGAGAGACCAAUGCUACCGCAGGUGCGGCUACCACGAGCAGCGACGCAGGACUGAAGGAGGACGGCCUCGUAACCGGGGAGGAAAUCACCAGCGUGGCCACAGGAACUCGUAAGUCUGUGGACGCGUGGGACGCCAGCCCGCCCGGCGCUACGCCUACCGGGACGGCUAAACCAGAAGGAAAAGUCGUGAGCUUGCUGCAGCUGAUUGGAGACCCUCCCGGGGACGAGAUCCUGAAGGUGUCCAAGCCGGACGGGGAGCCGUCCUACCGGUUCAGCCCUGGGGUGACGACGGGGCAGCCGGCGCUGGCCCACGUCCCCAACCCCCUGUACCGCCACUUCUCCCUCAUCUUCAACAUCAUGCCCACCACCCCCGCCGCCUCCGUGCUUUUCUCCAUCACGGACGGGAACCAGAGGUUCAUGUACAUCGGGCUGAAGCUCAGCGCCGUGAAGAAGGGCCGCCAGAUGGUGCAGUUCUUCUACACGGAGCCGGACUCGGAGGAGUCGUACGAGGCGGCCAGCUUUGAGGUGCCGAGCCUGGUGGACACCUGGACUCCCAUGGCGCUGUCCGUCUACGAGGAUAAGGUCACCUUCUACCCGGACUGUGACAAGGAGCCUCAGGUGGUGAAGUUCGAGCGCUCGCCAGACCCCAUGGAUCUGGACCGCGGCGCCGGGAUCUUUGUGGGUCAGGCAGGAGGAGCCGACCCCGACCAGUACGAGGGUUUCAUCUCCACUCUGAAACUGGUGGGAGACCCUCGGGCAGCUGAGCAGUUCUGCGACUUUGACGACGCAGAAGAAGCUUCCGGCGACUUCGGCAGCGGCGACAGCAGCAAGAGUCAGAGAGGACAGGGUGUUAAGACCACUCCCCCAAGUCUGCGUCCCGUCCCCGAGCCCCCGCUGGUCGCCUCAAAGGGAGACAGAGUCACACAGACAGGUCCUGGCGGUGCCAAAGGUGAGAAAGGCGACAGAGGAGAGAGAGGCUUCAAGGGAGACGCGGGCCCCGCGGGGCCAAAGGGAGAGUCAGGUAGCAGCUCCGGCUCUCGGGGGGGAGGACAAGGAUCCAAGGGAGAAAAAGGUGAAAAAGGUGGCUCUGGUACCGGGUACCCCGGCAAACAAGGCGAGCGUGGGGCUCGGGGACCCCCCGGCCCACCAGGACCUUCGGGGGAGGGGGUCCAACCCGGGGACGGUUCUGUGCAGCAGGGGGGCAGAGCUCGCGGACCCAAGGGGCCUCCCGGUUCGGAGGGCCCGCCAGGACCUGCAGGGAGAGAUGGGGAGCCUGGGGAUCCUGGAGAGGACGGGAAAACCGGUCCUGCUGGGCCAAAGGGCAUUCCAGGAGUCCCAGGAGGCUCUGGUGCCAAGGGACAAAAGGGGGAAGGCUCUCCUGGACCAAGAGGCCCCCCAGGUCCUCCAGGACCUCCUGGACCUGGCACUGGUGAUCGUGCAACAUUCGUGGACAUGGAGGGUUCUGGAUUCCCAGACUUGGACAGAAUCCGGGGCCCCCCGGGUCUUCCAGGUCCUCCCGGCCCCCCCGGGAUCCCUGGGAAUUCGGCAUCCCUGGGGUCUGAUGGCACAGUAGCAUUUGGACCUCCUGGCCCACCGGGACAAGACGGGGCCCCUGGUUUCCCCGGCCCCCCAGGUCCUGCUGGUGCACCUGGUCGACCUGGAUCCACCGGAGUAAAGGGUGACGGUGGGGAGCUUGGUCUUCCAGGACCAGCUGGAGAAAAGCAAGAUGCUGAAGACUCCAACUUUUUCGACAACCUCUUCUCUUACUUUGCUCCGUGCUCCUCAGCGUGUAAGGGGUGGCAGGGCUCUAGGGGCGACCUGGGCCAGACAGGUAAAGCAGGGCAGACGGGUCUAGCAGGACUCCCAGGCCCGAUGGGACCAGUCGGGCCUCCGGGCCCACCGGGGCCUCCAGGGCCGGCCCACGGCGGCGUCAGUACCGACCAAGAGGGGCAUGAGGUGCCAAACGGCUCCCCCAGACUCCGAGGCCCACCCGGGCCACAGGGUCCUCCUGGUAUCGCAGGUCUGCCUGGAAAGCCAGGUCUGCCAGGUGACCAUGGCGACAGAGGAGCAGAAGGCCCGCGAGGACCUCCUGGAGUCUCAGGCGUGGAUGGAUAUCCUGGAGCGGCGGGUCCAAGAGGAGACAGAGGAGAGAAAGGAGAGGCGGGUCUCCCAGGGCGAGAUGGCGGUCCACCUGGACCUCCAGGGCCUCCCGGACCUCCAGGACACACAACACGAGAUGGCGGCCAGGGUCACGCCGGGUUCCCGGGUCCCGUGGGUCCAAAAGGAGAUAAAGGGGACGCAGGCCCAGAAGGAUAUGCACCCAAGGGCCAGAAAGGAGAACCCGGCAUCAUCUAUGAUUCUGAAGGGAAACCCCUGUACCUGGGAGGUUUGGCGGGAGCGCAGGGUGAGAGGGGAAGUCCUGGCCCAGAGGGACCGCCAGGUCCACAAGGUCCGUUCGGCCUGAAGGGGGAGAUCGGUUUCCCUGGAAGACCGGGUCGACCAGGACUGAACGGCGCCAAAGGAGAGAGCGGAGAUUCAAGCGGAUAUGGUUACCCUGGUCCUCCAGGUCCUCCAGGACCCCCAGGACCUCCGGGACCUUUUGGCUCCGACGACAGAUCCAGAGGAUAUGAUGACAACUCGCGGUACUACGGUACCAAAGGAGAGAAAGGAGAUCGAGGACCACCAGGUGUAGUGGAAAUUCCAGGUUUUGGGACCAGCCUUGACUUCUACACUCUGAAGAACGAGCUGAAAGGUGAUAGCGGGCUGAAGGGAGAGAAAGGUGAACCGGGGGGAGGAUAUUACGACCCUCGUUAUGGACAGAGCGGCGCUGGAUAUCCAGGACCUCCCGGACCUCAGGGCCCCAAAGGAGACUCCGUCAUCGGCCCAGAGGGCCCUACUGGGCCUCCUGGACCACCCGGGAGAGGCUACGAUGGCCGGCCGGGACCACCAGGGCCUCCCGGGCCUCCAGGAUCAUCCAGAGGCGGAGGACAGUCUAUCAGCAUUCCUGGACCCCCGGGACCACCUGGAACUCCAGGACUACCUGGAACUUCUUCAGGGGUGACGGUGUUCAGGUCUUACGACAUCCUGACGGCUACAGGGAGGAGACAGCCUGAAGGCUCGCUGGUCUACGUCCUGGAGCAGAUGGACCUCUACCUGCGGGUCCGAGAUGGACUUCGUCAAGUCCAGCUCGGGGGCUACAUCGCUUUGCCAACGGUGGAGGAUAAUGUUGUUGCAGCUGCGGAGCCGCCACCAGUUGUACCUUUCUACCCGGAUCAGCGGUACAACACUGACUCUGGGAGACCGGAGGCUCCGGUCCAGCCCCCGCCACAGCCGGACCCCCGUCAGAACCCCUACAACGAUCCCCGGUACCGCUACCCAGAGCAGUACCCCGUUCCCACGGAUCCCAGGUAUCCCAGUUAUACUGACCGGAUAACCCAGCCCGACAGGCCCUACGCUUUCCCGGUCACCCCGAUCCAGAGGCGUCCCCCUCCCGUGCCCCAGGCCCCGGUCCACCGCCACUCGUCAGGCCCGGCACUGCACCUGAUAGCGCUGAACGGCCCUCACACCGGCGCCAUGCGCGGCAUCCGCGGCGCGGACUUCAAGUGCUUCAGCCAGGCCCAGGCCCUCGGGAUGAAGGGAACCUUCCGGGCCUUCCUGUCCUCCCGGCUCCAGGACCUCAGCAGCAUCGUCCGCAGCAAUGACAGGGACUCGGUGCCCAUCGUCAACCUGAAGGAUGAGGUUCUGUUCGACAGCUGGAACAGCAUCUUCAGUGACAGCAGAAUGAAGGACGUCUCCAUCUACUCCUUUAACGGGAAGGACGUCCUCAGAGACGACACCUGGCCGGAGAAGAUGAUAUGGCACGGCUCGUCCACCAGCGGUAAGCGGCAUGACAACAACUUCUGCGACACGUGGCGCAUCGGCGACCAGGCGGGGACCGGCAUGGCGGCGGGGCUGAGCAGCGGCAGCCUGGUGGAGCAGAGCUCCAGCAGCUGCUCCAGCUCCUACGUGGUGCUCUGCAUCGAGAACAGCUACAUCGGCCACUCCAGGAGAUAGAACCACCAUGGACUGACCACACACACACACACACAC